AUGCGAUCAUUACCGACUCUGCUCUGUCUUUUUCUUCUCCUCGCAUUCACCUCACACCCCAUCUCUACCGCUAUUGUGAUGGGUUGUAGGGUCGCGCCAAAGCUAAAGACGGACCUCUCCAACAUGCCCAACCCUCUGGAGGAUGAAGUAGUGGCGGAGGAUGUGGAAGAGACUGAGGCGUUGGAUGGACCCGAUGGAGGUGAUGGGAGAGAGGAUGGCCUCAUGCCAGCUGGGUUGUAUAUUCCUAGGAGGAAGUGGUGUGAAUUUCAUCGUAGGUCUGGAAAGUUUCAAUGCUACUCGCGUCCAGCCAUCAUUCCUCUUCCUCGUAGACCACUUAUUCGUGCUUAA